UGCUGCCUUGCUACUUCUUUCUCAUGCUCUGCAUCGGAAAUUGCAGCGUAAGGAGGCUCUUCAUACUGCUGCUCUAGGAUACGGUGGAUGCCUUACCUCAAUGUGGAAGCUCAGGUCGGACAUUGAAUUUCGUGCUUUAUAUGAAAGAAACUGGUAGCCCUCUGCUAGAACUAUAACUGUGGACCCGGAGAUCCUGCGCGCGUGGCUGAACGACUGCUCUCAGCAUCAUGACUGCAAAAUGCCUAACCGAGAGAAUUUCAUACCAACACGACUGAUUUACGUGGGACCAUCAGGGCUCGCCGCGCGAUUAGUGACGAGCUGCCAUGCUGACUACCUGGCGUUGUCACAUUCAUGGGGUGCAAUUAGAUCCUGUGAAUUCAAGACAACUCAGAGUAACUUUCAGCGAAGACUAUCCCGCUUUAGCAUCACCGAGACUGCCACAAACAUUUCAAGAUGCCAUUCAGGUAGUUUGAUGGCUUGGAAAACAGUAUCUCUGGAUUAACUCCAUCUGCAUCAUCUAAGAUAGCCCUGAGGAUUGGGAG